UCUAGGAAAAUAAACAAAUAUCAGAACACAGAGCACAACUUGUUUCGAUUUCUCUCACAAACUUAACCUUCAUUUCUCUUACAUGGCUGUCAUCACGUUGUUGCUUUUCUUGCUCCCUUUCCAUCUUCAUCUCUUCAAAGGUGCUGAUUCCUCAUGCCCAAAAUCCUUCGACUGUGGAAAGUACAAUCUCACGUUCCCAUUUACGAAAGCUGAUGAUCCUGGCUGCGGAUUAUUCACCGUUGAUGGCUGUGAUACUCCAUAUCCAGUGACUAAUUUAGGUGGUGGAGGUCUUGGUUUUGCUAUUUUGGAUUAUAAUUCAUCAGAGCCAAACAAGAUGUUUAUUGGUGAUUAUCAGCUUGGAGUUCAAUUGCGUAACCGCAGCUGCUUUGCCUUUAUGAACCAAUCCAUGCUUCGAUCGCCUUCUGUUUCCUUCUCAUUCUCUCCUAAUCUCACCUUGUUCCCCUGCUUAACUGAUCCUACUGAUAGAUCUAGAUUUGAUGAUGAUUUCGUAAACUAUAGCAUGAUAGAUUGUCUCACCCCCGUGUACUAUAAAAUUCCAGCAACCAAUGAUUCUCCUCCGGAAGGAUGUUCAUUGGUUCAGCUACCUCUGAAUUCCAGUGGAAAGUCGGAUGAUUUGUUCAGCAUGAUAACUUCUAAUUUUACUCUAGAAUGGAAUGUUUCUGAUGAAUGCCUUAGUUGUUUUGAUGCGGGAGGCCUUUGUCUUACUGAGAACAAUAACAGAUUCUACUGCAAAAGAUCAGCAGGCAAUCAGUUGAAGAAGAUAUUGUUAGCUACAUUGAUACCUGGAUUUGCUCUCUUAGCCUGCAUUAUAUUUACAUUCCUUUUCACUCGGAUGAAACGUGCAAAGGAAAAACAAGAGCAUGAUAGAGACAUCGAACUCUUUCUCAAGAACAAUGGAAAUCUUGCACCGCUGAGAUACAAACACUCCACCAUCAAGAAAAUGACAAACUCAUUCAGCAAAAACCUGGGAAGAGGAGGAUUUGGUAGUGUCUACAAAGGACAGUUUCCAGAUGGCCGUCUUAUGGCAGUGAAAGUCUUGAAUGAAUCAAAUGGAAAUAAUGGGGAAGAUUUCAUGAAUGAGGUCGCAAGUAUUAGCAGAACUUCCCAUGUUAAUAUUGUUGCGCUUUUAGGAUUUUGUUUCGAAGGUUCUAAAAGAGCACUCAUUUAUGAUUUCAUGCCUAAUGGAUCUCUUGAGAAGUUUAUUGGCAACAAUGUUUCCUCGUCUCAAGAAUCUGGGUUAGGAUGGGAGAAAUUGUUUGAGAUCGCUCUUGGGAUAGCUCGAGGGCUAGAGUACUUGCACCAAGGUUGUAAUACGAGGAUUUUGCAUUUGGACAUCAAGCCUCAGAACAUUCUUCUUGAUAAGGACAUGAAUCCUAGGAUUUCGGAUUUUGGGCUUGCUAAACUAUGUCCAAACAGAUCAAGCAUAGUCUCUAUGACUGUGGCAAGAGGUACUAUAGGGUACAUUGCCCCUGAGGUGUUUUCUAGAAACUUUGGAGAAGUCUCGUACAAGUCUGAUGUGUAUAGUUAUGGAAUGUUGAUUUUGGAAAUGGCUGGAGGAAAGGGAAGCAUUGAUCCGAGAGAUGCAGAUUGUUCGAGUGAGAUAUACUUCCCACACUAUCUCUACAAGCAGCUUGAGAUGAAUGCAAAAAGAGAUGGUGAUCUUUGUGGAGCAAUUAAUGAAGAGGAUAAAAGCCAGCAUGUGAAGAGAAAUUUGAUAAUUGUCGGGUUGUGGUGCAUUCAGACAAACCCUAAGGACCGACCAUCAAUGACAAGGGUCGUAGAGAUGUUGGAGGGGAAAACUGGAACUUUGGAGGUUCCACCUAAGCCUUACCUUAACUCACCACCAAGAUCACCACAAAGCUUUACAACCUUUGAAUCUGUAUAAUAUUUUGCUUUAAUUUGUAUGGAAGUUGAGAGUAAAAUUGUAGCGUAACAAUAUUCAAACUUUGUUGGUUGAUUGAAUUACAUUAGCCAUGUAUUUAGGGUACAAUGCCCCUCAUGAUAGCAGUGAGAGGAAAAAGUAUAGAAAUACUUAAUAAAUAGUAGGAGAAAAAUUGUUCACAUGUCUAUAUUAUAUGGGUGAAUUAUGAGCAAAUGUUUGUAUGUGA